CCACAGGUGAGCAGUAGGAUGGUGUCGGGGGAGGCGGGAGGGCACAGCUACCUGAUGGCCUGCUGGCAGCCAAUCCUGAUCCUGAUGCUGGGCACCGUCCUCUCCGGCUCCACCACCGGUUGCCCCUCCCGAUGUGACUGCAGCGGUCAGGAGCGUUCGGUCGUGUGCCAUCGACGGAGACUGGCCACACUACCUGAGGGCAUCCCCACGGAAACCAAGCAGCUGGACCUCAGCAAGAACCGUCUGAAGACUCUGGGGCAGGAAGAGUUCAUUAAUUACCCUCAGCUGGAAGAGCUGCAACUUAAUGAAAACACAAUCUCCUCCAUUGAGCCGGGGGCCUUCAGCAACCUCAUGAACCUACGAACUCUAGGUCUGCGCAGCAACCAGCUGAAGCUCAUCCAGCUGGGCGUGUUCACCGGCCUGACCAACCUCACCCAGCUGGAUAUUAGCGAGAACAAAAUUGUCAUUCUUCUGGACUAUAUGUUCCAGGAGCUGUACAACCUGAGGGCUCUGGAAGUCGGCGACAAUGACCUAGUGUUCAUCUCACCCCGAUCGUUUCAUGGCCUCAGCAACCUUGAAAAGCUCAACAUUGAGGGAUACAAUCUGGCCUCGGUGCCCACUGAUGCCCUGAGCCAUCUGCAUAACCUGUUGUCACUUCGAUUGCGUUAUCUGAACGUCACUGUCAUAAGGGAUUACUCCUUUAAGAGGCUGUAUCGGCUCAGGGAGCUGGAGGUUUCGCAUAUGCCUGCCCUGGAUUCCAUGACCCCGAAAUGCUUGUUUGGACUCAACCUUACAUCGCUGUCAAUCACAAGCUGCAAUCUGACCGCCAUCCCCUACCAAGCCAUCAGUCACCUGAGAUAUCUCCGGUUUCUGAAUUUGUCUUUCAAUCCCAUUCAAACUGUGGAAGGGAACCAACUGUUAAAUCUACCGAAGCUGCAGGCGUUUCAUUUGGCUGGUGGAAGAUUAACCGCCAUUGAGCCCUAUUCUUUCCGAGGACUCAACCACCUCCGUGUUCUCAAUGUAUCCAGCAAUAGCUUGAGCACCCUGGAGGAGUCUGUCUUUCACUCAGUGGGGAACCUGGAGACCCUGGCUUUAUACGACAACCCACUGGCCUGCGACUGUCGCUUGCUCUGGGUCUUCCGCCGGAGGUGGAGGCUCAACUUUAACAGACAGCAGCCCACGUGUGCUUCUCCUGAGGUAGUGCAAGGAAAAGAGUUCAAGGACUUUCCAGACAUCCUCCCCUCUGACUAUUUCAUCUGCCAGAAAUCGAAGAUCAUGGAUUAUAAAGUUCAAGAAAGCCACGUGGAUGAGGGCACCACGGUUCACUUCGCUUGCCAAGCUGAGGGUGACCCAGUCCCUGUGAUUAUGUGGCUCUCCCCCAAGAAGGAAUACAUCACUACCAAAACCGCGGGGUCGAGACUUUCUGUGUCUAACGAAGGCACGUUGGAGGUGCGUUACGCCCAAAUCCAGGACAACGGAACCUACUUGUGCAUUGCAAGCAACGCAGCGGGCAACGCCACCAAAGCUGCUCACCUUUUUGUGCAUAGCUACUCCCCCAACUGGCCCCACCAGCCAAACAAGACAUUUGCCUUUAUUUCCAACCAGCCCAGCGACGAAGGUGCUAAUGUGACCCGAGCCACGGUUCCCUUUCCAUUCGAUGUGAAGACGCUGAUCAUCGCCACCACCAUGGGAUUUAUCUCUUUCCUCGGAGUGGUCCUCUUCUGUCUGGUGAUACUGUUUCUCUGGAGCAGAGGGAAAGACAGCACCAAGUCGAGUAUAGAGGUCGAGUAUGUGCCUCGGAAAGAGGAAACGGAGGAGGCCAGUCCAGCUGAGGAGCCCGUACAGUUCAACAUGAAAAUCAUGUGA